AUGAAAAGACGUUUCUGGUGUGUCGUGAACCCAUUUGAUGUGAAGGAAACAUCUCGAAGAUGUCCCUUACAUUUUUUAUUCAUUUUCCUACCUUUCAAUGCUUUUUUUCAUAGCAAUCGUGCAGGUUCUCGUACCUUCCGUCAAAAGAAAAAUAGCGGGGGUGAGUGUAGCAGAAAUGGUGGUGCUGCCCCACUUGGUUCGACCGUUGUUAGUGGUGGUGGUAGUGUGACGACUAAUGCCAACGGAGUCUGUAUUCUGCCACCAGAAGCAGCAGGCACUCUUGGAAGUGGUGAUCUCAAACAAGCUGUCCGUCUACCUACAGGAGAGGAUCUCUGUGAAUGGGUAGCCGUCAACACUGUGGAGUUCUUCCAGCAGAUAAAUAUGUUGUACGGCACGUUAGCGGAGUUCUGCACGGACGCGACGUGCCCCAUCAUGUCUGCGGGCCCGCGAUAUGAGUACUACUGGGCAGACGGACAAACUGUAAAGAAACCCGUUAAAUGCUCGGCUCCUCGGUACAUCAACAACUUAAUGACAUGGACUCAGAACCAGCUGGAAAAUGAGGCGAUUUUUCCUUCGAAAAUUGGUGCGUCUUUGGUGAAUUUCGCAUACCAAUUAAUUAAUUUUUUUGUGAAUCCUUACCAAUUACUUCUAUGA